AUGUCGAAAAGAGGGAGACUCAUUGUCGUUGAAGGUCUUGAUCGCUCUGGGAAGUCCAGCCAGUGCCAACGCCUUUUGGAGCAUUUCCAAUCGCAAGGCCUGCAGGUCCGCUCCGUCAAGUUCCCGGAUCGAUCUACGCCUACGGGCCAGAUGAUCAAUAGCUACUUGACGGGUCAAGCUCAGCAAGACGACCAUGCUAUCCACUUGAUCUUCAGUGCCAACAGGUGGGAAGCGAUCAAAACAAUUCGCCUUGCGCUUCUGUCUGGUGUCGCCGUGAUAGUCGACCGAUAUUCUUUCUCCGGAGCCGUCUAUUCGGCUGCGAAACAGAACCCGGAAUUAUCGCUUGAAUGGGCGUGGGCGCCCGAAAUCGGCCUUUUGAAACCGGAUUUGGUGUUCUUUUUGGACAUUUCUUCCGCUGACGCUGCCAAACGUGGCGGCUACGGCGCGGAGCGGUACGAGCAAGAAGGAAUGCAAGCCCGUGUUCGGACUCUGUUCAAGGAAUUGUUCGCCAGACUUGACGGGAUAGCUAUUCAUCAAGUUGACGCUGGCAGAACGAUGGACGAGGUCGCCGCCGAAGUCCUGUCGAUUGUCCAAGCGUCGUCUGUGGAUGAGGCUCUCACGCCUGACGACCUGCUGAAAUUAGGCUCGUUGCUCGACAAAAGGUCCUGA